GAGCCCUUCCUUAUUGCUGUAUCUUCUGUGCAAACCUCGGGCAUGAACAUCACAGGAUUUGGAGCUUAUAAGAGUUUUUAGUGACUGAAAUUUAUGGUAUAUUAUGAAAGUCAGAAGGCAUCUUACCAGACUCCACCCCUCAUUUGCACAUGAGAAAUUGAAGCCCACAGAAGGGAAGGGGUGUAUGUCCAAAACAACAGAGUGGAAGCCAGAACCAAGGCAAGAAUGGACUUGGCUCCUGUCUGUACUUCUUAAUGAUCAUCAGUAUCUCCACUGAUUGCAGAAAUUAGCUUUGAAGACUAAAAUGCAGUUGAUAUAUAAAAAAUGGAAAAGAUAAGGUGAUCAAGAUUGUUAAGAUGAUCUCAGGAGAGGUGUUAAGUAAUGUCUUAAAAAUUAAGAACAUGUUUAUUCAGUUUAUACCAAAUAUAUAAAUAACAACACCAUUAGUGAUAAUGGUGAUUCAAGUGAAUACUGAACAGCCACUUGUUAACUGGAGGAAAAAAUAGGCUACAUAAAUUAUUUACUGAAGAUAGACUCAGAGUAUUGAUGGAUAGUGGUUUGGAAGGAAGCUUUCUGUCCUGCCUCAGCACUGGAGUGAGAACAGAUGACCCACCAGCCCAGGGCUGGCUUCAAGGCUUAAAAACAGUCAGAAGUAAUGGGUGUGUGUGUGUGUGUGUGUGUAGAAAGAGAGACUUUAAAAAAAAAGAUUAAAAAAAGCAGAUCAAUAAACAGUGUUUAUACAGAAAUGCCUGGCUAUUGGGUGAUAUAACUGGUAUUUACUCUCCGAGCUUCUCUUAAGAACUGUAAGAUGUAGUCAUUUGAGGCAUUUUAUAAUUUUGACUCCAGGUUUUUCCACUAUUGUAGUUUUAGCAAUUUUGUGAAGAGACAACAGGAUAGUUUUAUGCUUCAUGACACUGCUUUCUAAAUUUCCAAGUGUAUUGUGACUUCUUGGUGGACAAGUUUUACUCAGCUCAGUUUAUCUUGAAGUGGCCUUAUGAUGGGAGAGGUGUGUUUUUAUCGUUUUGAGGCAACUAUAGCAACCUGCUCACAUUCAUAGUAAUCGAGAUAUGACUAGCUCCUGAAACUGACCUCAUCUCUAUAGGCAGCUCCAAGUGACGCCGCAGCUCCUUGACCACAUGAGGUGCAGGCGCUGCAGCUGCUCGGGCUGUUGGUGUAGCCCAAGUCCCAGGAAUCGCACUACCGUGGAUGUAGCACUAGGCCUUUUGCUUCUUUCUUGUGGUUUCAGAUUGACUUUUAAGAUGUAUUUAUUAACUAUGUUGAGAAAAAACACUAGUAGAGGUAUGGUGGGUGCCCUAGAGUUUCUAAAUCUAUGCUAGAAGAAAGUAAUCUCUGUAAACUACUGUCAUUUGAGGUCAUUAUUAACAAAAUAUAAAGACAGGCCAAAAAAAACCCCAAAACCCUUUUCAUAAUAUCCCAUAAAGAUAAGUUCUGGGAGAAAAAUCGAGUCCCAGAUGAUUCACUCUCUACAUACCAGCAUAGGGAAAACGCAGGGCUCCUGGCACAGUAUUUCUGUUAAAUAGUGGAGACCGGGCACUCCACUCUAGCAUUGUUUUGACUUGAAUCAACAAUUGAAAAUUAUCCCCCUUUCAUUGCAGGUGUCUCUUCUAUCGUAAUUGAACUCAACUUUUCCAUGUUUAACCCAAACAUCUCAAGUUUCUCCCUGGCAGAUUCUCAAGUGCUAUUAGUUCAUAUGUGCUACUUAAUUAGUGGUUCUCUUUUGUUUUCCCUUGCAGUUUUGAUAACGAUCACAGAUGGGCACUUCCCUCAGGGAUUCAGGUACGUGUGAAGAUUUUUGGCAGUUCAGCGUGGAAACCCUUGAUCACUUUACCGUCAUUUCUGUGUGUUCUGUGUUGGCAAGGGACAGUGCCCAAAUGAGCAAGGUAUCGCAGCAGAACAGUGCUCCGGGAGUGAACGGAAUAAGUGUUAUUCAUACUCAGGCUCAUGCCAGUGGCUUACAGCAGGUUCCUCAGCUGGUGCCCGCUGGCCCGGGGGGAGGAGGCAAAGCAGUGCCGCCAAGCAAGCAGAGCAAAAAGAGUUCACCCAUGGAUCGAAACAGUGACGAGUAUCGUCAGCGCAGAGAAAGGAACAACAUGGCUGUGAAAAAGAGCCGAUUGAAAAGCAAGCAGAAGGCCCAGGAUACGCUGCAGAGAGUCAAUCAGCUCAAAGAAGAGAAUGAACGUUUGGAAGCAAAAAUCAAGUUGCUGACGAAGGAGUUAAGUGUGCUGAAAGAUCUGUUCCUCGAGCACGCGCACAACCUUGCGGACAACGUGCAGCCCAGCAGCACUGAAAGUACCACAACAAAUUCUGAUAAUGCGGGUCAGUAGACCUCGCCCCUUCCAGACUUUAGAACCCAUGGCUUGAACUGGACGGGUGUGAGACCUGCAGUCACGUCACGCCUAUCGGUGGCUGAACGCGGUCUUGUUCCAUUACUCAAAGACCCACUGAAGGCUGUUUUCUAGGAUCAGCACUGACGAGUUGAAUAGCUAAAAAUGUUAUUCAAACAUCUGGUUUUCAAUGGUAGGAUAUUUGUGGGGAUGAAAAACCAAAUUUUUAAGAUAUAUGGAAAAAAUACCUUGGACCUUGAUGUUCUUAAUAAAUCUUGACUUCCCAAGAAAUGCUUCUUUUUUAGGGGUCACAGUAGUUUUUGGCUUCAGGGGAUCUAGUUAAUUGGAUUAAGAAAAGUUGAAUUCACCUAUGUUAAAUCUAUUUGGGAGUUUUCUGUUAUGUAUUAAAAAUCCUAAGGGCUAUAGAAACUGAUCACUUUGUAAUUCGGAGUGAUUCUACGUACAGCAUGAAAACUGUGUUUUAGCAUAAUUAGUACUGUUUUCCCCAAGAACAAGUUUUUGAAUAGUAAUGGUCAAAUUAAGUAAAGAAACCCAAAUUAAGUAAAGACAGGCAUUUUAAUUGACUUUAAAAAUAUAAAUAGCCUGAGAAAGCAAAUAGGUUUAAAAAAAAGAAAGCGAAGCAGAAUUCUGCUUUCGGGGUACCUUCAGGCUAUUGGAUUGGCAUUAUUUUGUUUCCUAAGGGGGGUGUGGGGAACUCCCCCAGAUAACUCAGGCUUUAGUUUAUGUAGAUGUUAGUAGUGUAAGCAUUUCUUGGAUACAUUUUCAAGCCAAGUUGAUGGACGAAGUGUCUUCACAGUUUGAUCACACAAGCUGCUGGUAAGAAUUUGGAAUAUUAAUUCCGCAGGUAGUUUUUCCUGUGUUCAGAUGUCUGCAGAGGGGCUGUGACGUUUAAAGGCAAAAUUUUCUAGUGAAGAAUCAUUUCGGUAUUGUUUUUAACCAACUGAUUAUUAGAAAAAUGUAUUGUCAACUCCACGCCACCUCCCAAAAUAAUAGUUUAAGAAAACUUGAAAGUGUAAGGUUUUAACCUUUAAUUUAUUUCUUUUAAAUUCAUUUUUAUAUAUUUUUUGUAGCAUUUCUUUUUCUCGUUAGUGGGUUGUUCUUCCAGGCUUUUUGUUCCAUUACUUCUGUUUAUUCAUUUGUGUGCUUUUAUGUCUCAUAAAUUAUUUUAGAAAGAAAAUACUCAGGAUAAUGACAUUUUUGUUGAGACUACAAAACAGCAGUCACUAACGUCAGGAGUCCCUAGAGUAUGGUUUCUAUCAAUGUUAAUUCUGUUGUCCUUGUCUCUUUUUUAAAAAGCACAACAAUUCUAGCUCAAAUUUGUAGGCUUUUGUGUAUUUUUUUUCUGCCUGGGCUGGUAACAAAAGUCUGAGUCACAUCUGAUUAAAAAGUGUGUCAUUUGAACAUGAUGUGUGUCAUUUGAACAUGAUCCUUAUUGGCCACAAUACUGUUUCAUAACAGAACCCGGGACAGUGUAGCCAGGAUGUAAGGCACCCUUGGGUGGGUAGGAGAGUGCUGUCUGUGCACUCUCCCUGGGUAGGAGAAGAUAGGCCUGCAGCUCAGCACAGCCAUAGGCCACGUGCCCCUUCUGUGCUGUAUGUGACAGAGCCCAAGGCUGAUGCCUGACAGCUGCUCUCCCAGGAGGGUUCACUCCUGUGGCGCCAGGAGACAGCUUAGGGGUGUCUCAUAGAGCCCAGGUCAGUUUACUUUGGUUAGAAUAUUGAUCCACUUGUAAAGGUUGAUAAAUGUUUUGAAUAACUAGGAUAUGCCCACAGAAUUUUUAAUAGCUGAUGUUGUAAUUAACCUAGCUGGAGAUGCAAUAACAUGACUUGAUUCUUUAAGCACCUAUAAAUGGUUGUAGACAUUUCAAUCUCUUAUUUAUUAAAAAAUAUCUUUCAGAAAUUGAUGUCCCCAUGGAAUUAAUGGGUACAAUUUUAAGAACUGACUUAACUAUCUUGGAAAAGAAGCUUUAGAAAAAUCAUCAGGGCUGCCUGUAUUUAGUUCAGUAUUUCAAAUCAACGGAAGAUUGGAACUUUUGGGAAAAUUGAUUCAGGUUUUCCUAUUACUUAUUUAAUUCAAAGCUUCGGCAUAAGCAGUCACUUAUGCAUAGAAAAAAAUGUUAACCAUUGUUUUGACUGUCAAAUUUAAGUGUUUUGGGGAUGAAAGUUUUUAGUUUGGUAGAUUUCUCAGUUAUAAAAUAAAGGGAAACCAAGUUGGGGAAUAGGUAAAUUUAGAACUUCGGGAAUUUUAAAUUGACUUGGGUAACUUUUGUUCUGAUGUUACGUAUGAACCAUUAAGAUUUGAUCUGCCUUUACUGGCAGGUCCAGUGGUUUAGGAAUUAGGCUUGAGGAUAAAUUCAUAGCUGCACCGGAGUCUCCCAGGACAGGCGCUUCUGGCUGGUUGUGGCUCAGCUGGCGAGAGCAGCUCCUGCUUGCUGCCCAGCACUUUCAGUUACUGGGGUGGGGCACAGAGACACGGGGCGUGCUAAGAAGUAGUGAGAUUGUAAUAAAAUGUGACCAGAUUUUUGAAAUUCAGUUCAUAAGUGUGAAAUUUUCAAAUUUAAAUAAAGUAGAAGUAGGUAUGACUUAACAUUUGAUAUUAAAAGAAAGACAAUUGUAGCAGCUUUUGAUGAUUCUUACUCCCCAUUGGAGGGCUUGAACUUCGUACCUGACCAGUUGAGUUAUCACUCAGAGUGUUUUUUGAUGCCUUAGAAAUAGAAAGCAUUUUCUGUUUGACAAAAUCUAGGAAGGAGAAAAUGUUCUACAGCUAUUAGGUCUGCCUCUCAGGAAAAAGUACUUGUCCUUUUUGUUCUUGGCUUUCCUCAGUUUGUGAGAUUAUUCUAUUUUUUUAAACAUAAUUUUAUUUCUUUCAAUGAAUUUGAAAUAAAAAAAAAAACUUUGGAAUAAUGGCCGUAUUUCA